UUUUUGCCGAAUCGAACAAAAAACAAUCUGAUUAUUCAUUUUCUGACAUCUUAGGAAAAACUUCAGAACCUCAGCCAUCACCACAACAACACAGCAAUGAGGAAUUGGAAAUGAUUGUGCGUCUGGCAGAAGCUAAAAUCUUCGCUGACUCGAACAAGAUCUGUCAGCCUGAUUCUUCCUUGUCUUACAACUCCGGAAUGGGAUUCGAAUCACAGGAACUCAGCGAAAAGGUUUUGUGUUCGGAAAAAGCCUCUGCCCAAACGAAUAAAAUGUACCAAUAUGAUUAUUCAUUGUCUGAUGACAUCUUCGGAAUGAGUUUAGAAUCUCAGCAAUCAAUACCCCAACUAAGCAAUGAGGAAAUGGAAAUGAUUUGUUGUCUGGAAGAAGCCAAAACCUCUGUUGAUUCGAACAAGAUCAAUCAACCUGCUUCUUCCUUGACUAACACUUUCGGGAAGAAUCUCGGAUCACAGCAAUCAACUCCUCAUCUCAGCGAUGAGGAAUUCGAAAGAAUUUUGUGUGUGGAGAAAGCCAAAGUAUCUGCCGAAGGGAACAGAAUGAAUCAAUCUGAUUAUUCAUUGUUUGACAUCUUCGGAAUAACUUCAGAACUUCAGCCAUCACCACAACAACUCAGCAAUGAGGAAUUGGAAAUGAUUUUGCGUCUGGAAGAAACCGAAAGCUUUGCUGAAUCGAACAAUAUCAAUCAACCUGAUUUUUCCUUGUCUAAUAAACACGGAGUGAGUUUCGAAUCAGAGCAAUCAUUUUCCCAACACUGCGAAAAGGUUUUGUGUUCGGAAAAAGCCAAAGUCUCUUCCGCAUCGAACAACUUCGACAACUUCGGAAUGAUUCAUGGUCAACUCACUGAUGUCGAAUUUGAAAGGAUUUUGGGAUUGGGUGAAUCAAAUGUCUCUGCCGAAUCGGCCACGCAGAUAAAUCGAUCUCAUUCCGACCAAUAUAUGACGGAUUGGAAUUCGCUUUUUGAGCAGGAGCCGAAAUAG